AGACCUCCUAAUGCAUUUUUCUUAUUUCGUAAUGCAUUAAAUUCUCAUUUAGCGACUCGUAAUUUAAAAGUACCUCAAAUUAGUAUGGCAGCAGGUGAAUUAUGGGGUACUGCUAGUGAAGAAAUCAAAAAUCAUUAUACAAAAUUACAAGAAAUUGCUAAAGUUUUACAUUUAGAAAUGCAUCCUGGAUACGUAUAUAGACCU